CCCACCGUCGCCAUGCGUCUCUUUGUGCUGCUGCCGCUGCUGCUGCUCUUCGCCUCGCUCGUCGCGGCGGCGCAGUGGAGCAAGGAGGAUGUCGAGAUCUUCACGCUGCAGAAGCAGCUCGAGCGCGCAGAGGGCAAGGAGGCCAACUUCUACUCGUUCAUGAAGCUCGGCCGCCGUGCCAGUGCCGCCGACAUCCGCAAGGCGUACCGGCAGCGCAGCAUGGAGAUGCACCCCGACAAGCACCGCGGCGACCCGCAGGCGGCCAAGCGCUUCGAGCGCCUCGGCCUCGUCAACAAGAUCCUGCGUGAUGCGCGGCGCGACCGCUACGACCACUUCCUGUCCAAGGGCUUCCCCAAGUGGCGCAAGAACGAGAGCGGCGCCGCAGACUUCUACUACCAGCGCUGGCGUCCCUCUCUUGCCCUCGUGCUCGCCAUCCUCGUCCUCUUCACCAGCGGCGUGCAGCACGUCGUGCAGCGUCUGACGUAUGCGCGCGAUCUCGAGCGUCUCACGACGCUGACCGAGAACGCGCAACUCGUCGCCUGGGGUCCUGCGUUCCGCAACAGCACGGCCGGCGGCCGUCCGGAGCGCAAGGUGCGCGUCGAGGUGCGCGCGCCGCCGCUGCCGCCGAAGAAUGCCGACAAGGAGGAGGAGGAACGCACGCUGCGGCGCCUGCUGGCCUCGCGCACCGAGGAAGGGCCGCGCAUCGAGGUGCGCGUCAGCGAGCAGGGCCUGUACGUGUCGGAUGGAGAGGGCGGAUGGGAGAGUCUGGGCAAGGAGACCCUCACGCUGCCGAGCGUGCACACCACGUGGCCGCUCGCGCUCCUGAGGCGCCUCGCGGGAGCUCAGGCGCCGGCGCCGGCGAGGGAGCAGCCGGCGGCGGCGGUGGAGAAGGUCAAGAAGGCGCAGUGAGGAGUACAUCGCGCAGCCAUGGGGGCCGCUCUCUGUGCGCUCUCCACCAAGCAAUCAAACGUCAUAGCAGG